UGACCAUAAGAAUUCUUAAUGAUCUUAGUGUUCGUUGAUUUUUUUUAAAAUAUUACUUGGACCUCUAGCGUUGUAUUGGACUUUGGACGGUGACGGUGAGUGAUGCUGAUGCACUGGAAGGUUAUACAUGUGAAAAGGGAUCACUGGAAAGUUAUAUAUGUGCAAAGGGAUCACUUAUCCAAGGCGCAAUGUAAUACUCCUAAAACACAAUCGAGUGUUUUAGCCAGCUCCAGCACUUGAUUUCGAACCCCUCCUAUCUGUGUCGCGAUUCGUGCGUGGGGCUUCUUCUCCAACUCUAGUGAUCUUUGCUUGAGGUUCGUAUUUUGGGUUGGUAGUUAGGGUUCGGGGUUUGGAAGGUUCGACUUUGACAAGGCUCCCUCAUCCUAGGGCUUAAAGGAAAAGUCGGGGAGGAAGGUCGGCCCAGCGUUGGUUGUGGUUGGUGGGUGGGACGGUGAGGGGGCAAUAUCGAAGGCAGGGCGAUUAGGACGAUGACAGUGGUUGGGGUGCAAAGGCUGCCCCUGAUGGGGUAGUGUCUCGCCAGAGCUCACCAGCCUGUGAGCUCCAAGGCCCUACCCGGCAUCGACGGGGCAAGUGGAUUGGAUCUAAGGAAGAAGAAAUGGCAGGAGAAGCUGGAGGUAGAAGACACAUGUGGACCGUUGGAUCCGGCGAUCCAACGGCCACAAAUUCGGGUUCUGGGCAGGUGCGCUAUAGACAAAUCCUUUGCAAAUGGUUCAAGGGGCUUGAGACAGAGAAUUGCAAGAGAGAACUGAUGCAGCCAUGCAGGUCCGUCGGAUUGUCGGCCCAGAAUCUAGAUUGCUUCAUUCACCCUCACACAUCCAAUUUCCUCCGGCCCAGCCUUCCACUCCUUCCCCGCUUGCCCCACCCGAACAGCUCUUCCCAUUCCGCCGCCUCCGCCGCGCAAACCGCCAGCGCAACCAUGGACGAGAACCUCGCCGCUGUCCUCUACUACCUCCCGCCCCCCGCCGUCUCGACCAUCGCCUACCUCUCCUCCUCCUCCCCCUCCCCAGACGACGGCGAGGAGGACCGCAUCGGCCGCCUCCCCGACGCGACCCUCCGGAACAUCGUCUCCCGCCUCCCCACCAAGGACGCUGCCCGCACCACCGCGCUCUCCUCCCGCUGGCGUCGCCUCUGGGCCUCCACCCCGCUCGUCCUCGACGACGACGCCGGCGGGCUCUCCCCCGCCGCCGCCGCCGCCGCGCUCGCCUACCACCCGGGCCCCGUCCGCUCGGCGCGCCUUGCCUCCUCGCAGGACCACGAAGCCGUCGCCUCCGUGUUCGCCUCCCUCGCUGGCAAGGAUGUCGCAGACCUCCUCGUGGUGGUCAACGGCUCCUGGCCCGUUGAGUGGCGCGUCCCCUCCGAUGUCCUUGGUUGCGCCGCGCUCUGCCGCCUCUGGAUCGGCCUCUGCCAGUUCCCGGACACGUCCGGCCAAGCUCCGGUGCUCUUGAGCCUGCAGGAGCUCGGCAUUGUCCACUCCUCCGUGCAGGACCGUGACCUCCACGCCGUGAUCCCGCGCUGCCCCGAGCUCCAGACUUUCGCCCUCGUGCUCUCGCAGGACUACCCGAGGUAUGUUCACUUCUGGUCGGGGAGUCUCCAGUGCGUGGUGCUGUGGAAGUCGAUGCUCAGAGAGGUGCACCUUGAUGACACCCCCAAGUUGGACCGGCUGCUGGUGGAGCCGAUCGCUGAUGCCACCACGCACAUCAAGAUCAUUAAAGCACCAAAGCUGAAGGUUCUUGGUUACUUUGAUGUUGGACUGCAUCAGCUCAAGAUCGGUAACACUGUCAUCAAGCUUGGGACAAAGGUGAAUCCAAACACAAUGGUUCGAACGCUCAGGACAUUGGCGUUGAAAGUGCAGUUUGGAGUGGAGGAUCAAGUGAAGUUCGUGCCUCUCUUGCUUAAAUGCUUCCCAUGCCUAGAGACAUUGUAUAUCACGUCAAUUCCUUCUGAAUCACCAGUCAAUGUUGACUUAGAAUUAUGGGAUCAAGUUGGCUUCACAGAAUGUGUAUAUUCGCAUCUCAAGAAGUUGGUGUUAGAAGCUGUGCGAGGCGAGGAUUGUGAGUUGGCAUUUGCAAAGUUCAUCAUGGAAAGAGCUCAAAUGUUGGAGGACAUGCACAUUUUAGUGGAUGGCAGUUGUUCCAGAGAUGUUGUGCUAAGUCGUUUAUCUUCCGAAGGGUGUGUAUCUGCAGAUGCUAGAAUUGUGGUGGAGAGGCAUGAUGGGACUGCGUGGGGCUUCCAGAGAGCCAUCGACUUGUUGCAGAGUGACCCAUUUGGUUGCUGAAUCUGGAGGUCGUCGAUGCCAGUCAAUAACCACAGAAGAGCCCAUCUGGGACCUGGCAAGCCUCAAUGAGAUGAAUCAAGGAGCAUGACCUACUCUUGAUUUGUAGCUUUGUUGUGUUGAUGUCAUGUUGUACCAAUACUUGUGAUUUGUGAAGGAGCAUGAUCAAUUUUGCUAGAUUCGUAUACUCAGGAGAACUUUAAGCGUUUAGGUUCACUUUUGCAUGUGUGUUGCCCUACUGUUAAGGUUUCGGCUAGGUCUCUUAGCAAGACAGCUGACAUGGGGAGUAGUUGUGAGAAUGAGAAAUGCUCCUGUUUUGUGGUUAUUGGCUUAAGAGAAAUUGGAAUGUUGGAACAUGUGAAUUAUGUGAAGUGAGAAAUGCACUUUGUCAGUUUGCCUUA